AACAGUUGUCAUGGAACCAAUAACAAUUAACCAACAAACUAAACAAUAAAAUAACAAACUCAAAUGUGACACCAGCAUGGCGUUAGAAAAUUGGCUAGAAACUAUAAAAAAAGCUAAAAAAACUGCAAUUAUUCAAAAUGAUAAUCGAAAAGUCCACUUUUUAUUUGAUGAUGGACAACAAAUGGUUGAAGAAUAUAACACACGUACAAAUGUUGUGACACGACGAGCAUGGAGAGAAAAAGGAAAAUUAGGCCAAGACAAUGGAUGGAUCGUAGAAGUUGGUGAUCCAGAGCCAUCAAAAAUUGAUACUCUUGAAAAUUUUAAUAUCAAAGAAAGUUCAAGUGCUCCAAUUGUUUCAAGAAGAAUAACAAAAUUAUCACUUGAAUGGAGAAUAAGAAAUCUCGAGUAUCCAGAAAAUGUUUAUUCAGUAACUGCUGAAGAUGAUACAAUAAUCAUUCGAACAAGUAAUAAAAAAUAUUACAAAAAAUUAAAAGUUCCUGAUUUAGAAAGAAUUCAUCUUAAACCAGAACAAGACAGAAUUAAAUUUACUCAUAAAUACAACACUCUUAUAAUAACAUAUGAUAAACCUCCAGCUUUGUUACAACUUGAGAAAGAAAUAUUAAAUGUUGUACUAAGUCUGCCAACAAGAGAAGAAGGUGAUCCACAAUGUCCAACAAAUUAAAUAAUUAAUUUAGAUGAUUAAUUUGUUAAAUUUACAAACAACAAGUCAUCAUUUUAAAUUGCUGUUUUAUAAUUAA